ACCAAAAACAUAACAUCUCUCAAGUCUUCUUACAAAACUCGUUUGUCUCACUUUGUCUCUUGGCCCCUACUAAAAGCCCGAAAAAGCCCAAAACCAAUAAAACGCGUAUAAUUACACGUUUACACGUCUCUGUCAAGUCUUUCUCCGACCUCCGACUAGAACAACAACGACAGCGUUCUCUGAGCGCAUGCCACGGAGCGCAAGCCAAACCCGGUGGCUCACCGAACUUCCCAUUUGCAGCGAUCGGGUCGUCGGAUCCGCUUGACCCGUUUCAAAACUGCGUCUUUUUUAGAUAGACCGAGAGAUGUGGGUCUUCUACCUGAUCUCGUUGCCCCUGACCUUGGGCAUGGUCCUUUUUACGCUCAAGUACUUCGCAGGCCCGGAGGUCCCUCGCUAUGUUAUGCUUACCGUUGGGUACACCUGGUUCUGUUCUCUCUCCAUCAUCGUCAUUGUGCCCGCUGACAUCUGGACGACGAUAAAUCAUAUUGAGAAUGGAGGAAUCUCAUUCUUUUGGAGCUGGUCAUACUGGAGUACAUUUUUACUAACUUGGACUGUGGUGCCCCUUAUUCAGGGUUUUGAAGAUGCUGGAGACUUCACUGUGACAGAGAGAUUGAAGACUAGUGUACAUGUUAACUUACUUUUCUAUCUAAUUCUGGGAGCUAUUGGCCUUUUUGGACUGGUUCUUCUCAUCAUGAUGCACAAGAAUUGGGGUGGAGGUGUUCUAGGAUUUGCCAUGGGCUGCUCGAAUACUUUUGGACUUGUUACAGGUGCAUUUCUUCUUGGAUUUGGUUUGAGUGAAAUCCCUAAGGGCCUUUGGAAAAAUUCAGAUUGGACUAUCCGCCAAAAAGUUCUUUCUCAUAAAAUUGCCAAAAUGGCUGUGAAACUUGAUGACGCUCAUCAAGAUCUUUCAAAUGCUAUUGUGGUAAGUAUUCUCUUUCAAUUUCCAAUUUUAAGAUAUCCAUGUUUUGUUUUCUAAGGUGCACAAAAU